CCCGCCCCCGCUCAGCCGCAUUAGGCCGGGAAGCCGCGGCUGAGGGGUGGCGUCUCUUUCCUUCUGCAGAGGCCUAACCCGCGCGCUCCCGGGAGUCGCCCGUCCCUCUCCCCCUACCCCUACUUGUCAGCCCGGCGGUGCGGCUAUGGGGUGGUGGCGGCGGCCGGAGGCCGGCAUCGGGGCCCGCGGCGUGCUGGCGCUGCUGGCCCUGGCCCUGUGCGCGCCCGAGGCCUGGGGCCGGGCGCUCGAGUGGUACUCGGCGGUGGUGGGCACACAGUACGUGGCCCCGAAGACUAACCUGACGGUAUGGAGCGUCUCGGAGAGCGGCCGCUUCGGCGACAGCUCGCCCAAAGAGGAUGUAGAGGGCCUGGUAGGGGUCCCGCGCGCGCCCGACGGAGACCCAGAAGGCUGUGCGCCGGACACGAGCUUCCAGGUGCCCGGCUGCAGGGGGUCUGCGCCCUGGGUCGCCCUGGUGGCGCGCGGGGGCUGCACCUUCAAGGACAAGGUGUUGGUGGCGGCGCGGAGGAAUGCCUCGGCUGUGGUCCUCUACAACGAGGAGCGCUACGGGAACCUCACCGCGUCCAUGUCCCACGCAGGAACAGGAAACAUAGUGGUCAUAAUGGUUAGUUACCCAAAAGGAAGAGAAAUUUCGGAACUGGUGCAAAAUGGAAUUCCAGUAAAGAUGACCAUUGGGAUUGGCACACGUCAUGUCCAAGAAUUCAUCAGCGGUCAGUCUGUGGUGUUUGUGGCCAUUGCCUUCAUCACCAUGAUGAUUAUCUCAUUAGCUUGGCUAAUAUUUUACUAUAUACAGCGUUUCCUAUAUACUGGCUCACAGUUUGGAAGUCAGAACCUUAGGAAAGAAACUAAGAAAAUUAUUGGCCAGCUUCCACUUCAUACGGUAAAGCAUGGAGAAAAGGGAAUUGAUGUUGAUGCUGAAAAUUGUGCAGUGUGUAUUGAAAGUUUUAAAGUAAAGGAUAUUAUCAGAAUUCUGCCAUGCAAGCAUAUUUUUCAUAGAAUAUGCAUUGACCCAUGGCUUUUGGAUCACCGAACGUGUCCAAUGUGUAAACUUGAUGUCAUCAAAGCCCUGAGAUAUUGGGGAGAGCCAGAGGAUGGACAGGAUAUGCCACCUCCAGAAUCUCCCAGUGGCAGGGCUCUGGCUGCAAAUUUGAGUCUGACUUUGCCAGGUGAUGAGAGAAGUGACGGGAGCAGUCUGCCCUCAGCACCCCCUGCUGCGUCUGAACUGCCCUGUGAUGCCAGCUUUAAAGGAGAUGCAGGUGAAAACACAGUGCUUCUCGCUCAGGUGCGCUGUGAGAGAGGCAGCGUGCUUGCGACUGUGAUCCUCUGUACCCCUCCCUGCCUGCCAUCCUGCUUCGCUCUCCAGUGUCUGUAGCCGCAGAAAACCACAAGGGCCAGAGAAGUGUAGGAGCACCCACUGUUUCUCAGGUAAUAAUGUCCCACAUCUGUCUUUUUAGGGAUAUUAAAUAUACGGCCUUUCCCAAAAGAUUACUCCCACAGCUACUGAGGAAUGAUGACAAUAAAAGGCCGAAUUGCAGUGUCUCCAUCAGCAGUUUGCUCUCUGUGUGGGCACACGAUGACAAAACCUCCUGAAGCGACCCACUGGUCUGACCUCAGUAACAUCACUAACAUCAAGCUUCAUGCCAUGGGAGUGGUUGUGAAAGGCAUCCCAAAGAAAAUAAUCAUUGAGACCUCAGACUACACUGGGGCUCGAAUGGGUAGUGAAUACUAGUCUGUGUUCCAUAAGGUACACUUACUUGAACCAAGGACUAUAGAAGUCUAAAGAUAAUAAUAAUAGACCUUUAAGAAUAGGUGUGUGUCCCUAUACACUAGAAAUGAGAUAUCCAGUGUAAUAAAAUUCCCCAGUAAAAUACAGAAUGUGCCCAAAAAUGUUUAUACACAUUUUAAGAAAGGAAAAAAACUGUAUUAAAAGUGUACUCGGGCAGCACUUAUGGCUCAGUGAGUAGGGCGCUGACCCCAUAUACCAAGAGUGGCAGGUUUGAACCCAGCCUUGACCAAACUGCAACAAAAAAAUAGCCGGACAUUGUGGCGGGUGCCUGUAGUCCCAGCUACUCGAGAGGCUGAGGCAAGAGAAUCGCUUAAGCUCAGUAGUUGGAGGUUGCUGUGAGCUAUGACACCCCAGCACUUUACCAAGGGCGACAUAGUAAGAUUCUGUCUCAAAAGAAAUUUUUUUUAAGUGUAAUACUCAAAUAUACCAAUAACAAAAGAUGAGCACAAAUCACCUUGAACACCUCUUGGAAUCGCAGAACUCAAACCUUACUUGAAUAUUACAUUUUAUUAAUACAGUUCUUUCCUUCCUUAAAAAAUGUAUACAUUUUUUUGGCAGCAUCUGUAGUUUAACAUCUUUUUGCACACAUUAAAAUUUUAUUUGCUCAAUGAGAGUCAUACUUUGUCACCCUCGGUAGAGUGCUGUGGCGUCAUUGCUCAUGGCAACCUCAAACUCUUGGGCUCAAGUGAUUCUCUUGCCUCAGCCUCCCAAGUAGCUGGGAGUACUGGUGCCUGCCACAACUCCUGGCUAUUUUUAGAGAUGAGGACUUUAUCUGGCUCAGGCAGUCUACCCACUUUGGGCUCCCAGAGUGCUAGGAUUACAGGCAUGACCCACAAUGCCCGGCCCCAACAAAUUUAGUUUUUAAAGUUUAAAAACAUUUAUCAGGCCAAGCAUGGUGGCUUACAUCUUGUAAUCUUAGCACUUUGGAAGGCAGGAUCAUUUGAAGUUAAAAGUUUGAGACCAGCCUCAGCAACACAGUGAGACCCCCCCAACUCUAUAAAAUUAGUGUAUACCUUUAGUCAGCAGCUGUUUGGGAGGUUGAGGCAGGAGGAUCACUUGAGCACAGGAGUUUUGAGUUUGCAGUGAGGCUAUGAUGAGUUACAUUUUGUGAAAUUUCUACAAUGUUAUAGUUAGCCAUGAUGCUUUCUACAGCAAAGUAUAAGUGAAUUGAAAAAAAAGUAUUUGUACUGCUUUCAUUUAAACAUGAUGGUAGGCUUGGCGCCUAUAAGGCGCCAACCACAUGCACAAGAGCUGGCAGGUUCUAAUCCAGCCCAGGCCUGCCAAACAACUACAGCCAAAAAAUAGCUGGGUGUUGUGGCAGGUGCCUGUAGUCCCAGCUACUUGGGAGGCUUCUGAUUAAGAGAAUCGCUUAAGCCCAGGAGUUGGAAGUUGCUGUGAGCUGUGAUGCUAUAGCACUCUACCCAGGGUGACAGCUUGAGGCUCUUGUCUCCAAAAAAAUAAACAAACAUAAGGGUAAAAGUUGGUCCAUUACUUUAGAUGAGUUUUAUGAUGGGCUAAAGAGAAACCUGGGAACACUAGUACUUUCUGUGAGCUGACUAUAAAAUUAUAUUGAAUCCCAGAUUUCAUCUUGGGGGAAUUUUUCUGAUAACAGUAGUAACUGCAUAAAAAAGAACAGACUGGAUGUAAAUGUAAUCAGUAAAUGUCUUAGAAUGACUAUAUAAAAAGUUCUUCCAAUGCAUUGUUUGAGAUACCCUUAAAAUGUUACCUUAAAUGGAUAUCACUCAAGAUCUAUGAGCCAUCAUUCUCUACGGGGACGUGAAUCAUUUAGUAUUCCUUGAAAUUGUGUAUAUGUACUCUGUAAGAACAAAAAUUGAUCUUUCUGUAAAAUUGAAGUUAGAGAAUUAUUUGAAAUAGCUAGUUUUAGGAAUAUUUACUGCUGUCUUCUUUUUUAAACAGGUGAUCUGAAGAUUAAUUAAAGCUAGAAAUUGGAACUAGAAAAUCCGAAGAAUUGAAGAUGUUUUAACAUCAGUUACAUUGAACUCAUUUGAUUACACUUAAAGUUGAUUUCAGUUAAUUGAAUCCCAGAAUUAUAGUUUUUUACUUUACGUAAACUCUUACUGAGAACUUUUUGUUGGUGUUAUGAAUGUAAAUCUUGGUUAAAUAUUUUUAUAAAAUGUUCUCUAAGUACAAUUAUUUGUUGUAAGCCAUUUAUUUAAAUUUGAAAAUCUUUCCUCUUCCAAGUAAACAUCAAUAUUGUGAUCUUGAUCCUUA